AUGUUCCCGGUGUAUCUCCUCCACCAUCAAAGCUCGUCGUCGGCAAUGAUCUUUAUAGACCAUCAAAGCGCGCCAACAGCUUCCCCUUUGGUACAAUUCUCGUCGGCUGGCAUCGUCGUCACCAGUCACUGCCAGCUGCUUGACGGCAACCAGCUUCAGCAAUCACAACAACCAGAGUCCAUCCUUCCUCCUCGAAGACAAGCAACUUAG